AUGGCGGACACUUUGCCAUCAGCGCUUGAGAAGCUUGAUCUGUACACCGACCAGUUUGAUGGGGAGCUCGAUGACCUGGAAAAGACAUUUCUGACACCUUCAACGUCAUUCAGUCCAGAAUGGCUAGACAGGCUGCAGCAGAGAUGGGAAGCGCCAACAAACUACAAUGAGCUCUUUGCGAUCGGACCAACCCAGACUCGAACCAUCAUCCGAUUUACGCGAGAGGGUCUGGAAGGACGAGUGACGGGCUACAAAGAAGUGACUGUACCAGCAAACAGUGCUACCGCGAAGAAUUCGACCUCACUUCUCAGAAAGCCUGCGAACAGAGCCGAUUUCGUUCGUGGAGCCGCGGGUUUCUAUCCUUUUGCGCCUGGCGGCCUUGACGCGGUUGAGGCGACAGCAGCAUACGAGGAUGAGCUUCUCCAGCAGAACCAGCUUGAUGGCUCGACCAAGACCGACAAGCUCAACCGGAUCAUCAAUUUCACUUCAGAAGGCGGGCUGCUGACGGUUCCGCCCGGAUUCCGCCGUGGACUUCGUGCCAGUGAAAAGCCGAAGCAAGAGGACACGGCCAAGGAGGUUGAGAAAAUCCUGGAAGAAGAAUCAGACUUGCCUGAAAAUGCCACGGAAGGCGUGCCUUUGCCCAAGGACGAGGACGAUGAGGACGAGGACACCGGCGAAGAUGGCGACGAGGAACUCGAUGCUCUCUUGCCUGUAGAGUAUCCAGCACUGGCCCCGCAUGGAACUCUUGCCGCAGGACGUAACAAGUUCGGCGGUCGAGAACGAGCUCACAUGGUGGAUGUCAAUCGCGAUAUCACCAAUUUUCGAGAACUUGUGCCUGAGAUGGCUAGAGACUGGCCGUUCGAGUUGGAUACUUUUCAAAAAGAGGCUGUCUAUCAUCUCGAGAAUGGCGAUUCAGUCUUUGUUGCAGCUCACACCUCUGCCGGCAAGACCGUUGUUGCUGAGUACGCCAUCGCAUUGGCUGCAAAGCACAUGACGAAAGCCAUCUACACAUCUCCGAUCAAGGCACUGAGUAAUCAGAAGUUCCGCGAUUUCAGGACCGAGUUUGAUGAUGUUGGUAUCUUGACAGGAGAUGUCCAGAUCCGUCCGGAGGCCAGCUGUCUCAUCAUGACCACCGAGAUUCUGCGCAGCAUGCUGUACCGUGGAGCCGAUCUCAUUCGCGAUGUCGAGUUCGUCAUAUUUGACGAGGUGCACUAUGUCAAUGAUUCUGAACGCGGUGUGGUCUGGGAGGAAGUCAUAAUUAUGCUGCCGGAGCACGUGACGUUGAUCAUGCUGUCUGCUACUGUACCGAAUACGUACGAGUUCGCCUCAUGGGUAGGCCGAACGAAGCAGAAAGAUAUCUACGUCAUCUCAACGCCGAAGCGUCCUGUACCACUCGAGCAUUAUCUGUGGGCCGACAAGAAGAUGUUUAAGAUUGUGGACUCGACCAAGCACUUUAUCGAGAAAGGCUGGAAGGACGCCAACGAUGCCAUGAGCGGAAAGGACAAGAUCCUUGCGGCGGAACAAAAGGCCAAAGAGAAAGAAGAUACGGCAGCAGCAGUAGGUCGUGGAGGUAGAGGUGGCCGUGGUCAAGCCCCUCGUGGUGGUCAGCAACGUGGCGGUGGCAACCAACGAGGCGGGCCUCAGCAGCGAGGACGUGGUCAGCCAGCAACCCGCGGUCAGGGGAACAUUGCACGCACUGGUCGCGGAGGUGGCCGGACUACUGCUGCGCAAGACCGCAACAUCUGGGUCCACCUCGUGCAGCAUUUACGGAAAGAAGAGCUUCUGCCGUGCUGCAUAUUCGUCUUCUCGAAGAAGAGGUGCGAGGAAAAUGCCGAUGCCCUGUCGAAUUUGGACUUCUGCACUGCCACGGAGAAGAGCGCUAUUCAUAUGAUUCUGGAGAAGUCAUUGGCUCGACUCAAACCCGACGACCGACAAUUGCCGCAAAUUCGACGUCUUCGAGAAUUGCUCAGCAGAGGUAUUGCAGUGCACCAUGGAGGUCUGCUCCCGAUCGUCAAGGAGUGCGUGGAGAUCCUCUUCGCCAAGACACUGGUCAAGGUCUUGUUCGCCACGGAGACAUUUGCCAUGGGUCUCAACUUGCCGACAAGGACAGUCGUAUUCUCUGGCUUCCGCAAGUACGACAACAAGUCUUUCCGAGACCUUCUUCCAGGCGAGUACACUCAGAUGGCUGGUCGAGCUGGUCGAAGAGGUCUGGACACUGUUGGUUCCGUCAUCAUCGUGACGCCUGGCGGCGAUGAGGCGCCGCCGGCAGGCCGUCUGCGGCAGAUGAUGCUCGGCGACCCCACCAAGCUCCGCUCACAAUUCAGACUCACGUAUAACAUGAUACUAAAUCUGUUGCGAGUGGAAGCUCUCAAGAUAGAAGAGAUGAUCAAGCGAUCUUUCUCUGAGAACGCCACCCAAGCAUUGCUACCCGAGCACGAGAAGCAGAUCAAGCUUUCUGAGGCAGAUCUAGCAAAGGUCACGCGUGAGUCUUGCAAUACGUGCGACAAGGACAUCGAUGCGUGUCAGGAAGCCAGUGUCAAUUAUCAACGACUGACGGCUGACCUUCAUCUCGCGAUGCUCUCUACUCCGGUGGGACGAAGGAUGUUUCAGCCCAAGCGGAUCAUCGUUUUCAGAGGGAAGAACAAUGCACGAACAGCAGGUGUACUUCUCCGAGAGGGCGCCAGCAAAGCCUCGCCGCCGACCGUUCAGAUCUUAGAAAUUCUCUACCGGAACCAGAGGAAGCGACAGGAUCCUGACUUCCUUCCCUACUUGCCUCGAUUCCGCAGGCGCUUUGUGCCAUUGCCUCAGAACGACAAGGAGAUGCAGUUGAGGAACACUACGAUCCCUCUAGACAGUAUUGAGGCUCUGACCGGCACACACGUAUCGAUGGAUCUCAAUGCUGUGCUUCAGAGAGAUCCAGAGGCGUUGACCCAUGUCAAGUCCGAGCUGCUCGCAACAUGUCAGUCAUGGACAUCAUCUUCGUGGACAGAGCUCGAUUACUACAAGUACCUGAAGGACAUGAACAUUCGUGGUCUGAUGGAUGAGCGGAGAAAGCUUGCCACAACGGCGCAAGAAAAGGAAUGCAUCCAUUGUCCCGAGUUUCCGAAGCAUUUUGCCAUGGCGCACGAUCAGUGGGUUAUUCGCGACAAGAUCGAUUCUAUCCGACAACUCAUGUCAGACCAGAAUCUGCAGCUUCUACCCGAUUACGAGCAGCGAAUCUGUGUGUUGAAGGAUCUCGGAUUCAUCGACGACCAAACACGAGUUGAGCUCAAAGGCAAAGUGGCCUGCGAGAUUCACUCCGCGGACGAACUUGUACUGACUGAACUGGUCUUGGAGAACGUCCUCGCCGAUUAUGAGCCUGAGGAGAUCGUCGCCCUCCUGUCAUCCUUUGUCUUUCAGGAGAAGACCGACAUCACGCCCAACAUCACCCCUGCGCUUGAAAAGGGCAUGGAGACAAUCGUCAAGAUCUCAGAGAAAGUGAAUCAUUACCAGACACUACACCAAGUCAUCCUCUCAGCAGACGACUCGAACGAUUUCGUCAGUCGCCCCCGUUUCGGCCUGGUGGAAGUGGUGUACGAGUGGGCGCGCGGGAUGCCUUUCAGCAAGAUCACAGACUUGACAGAUGUGUUGGAGGGCACGAUCGUCAGGGUCAUCACGAGAUUGGAUGAGACCUGCAGAGAGGUGAAGAAUGCGGCGCGGAUCAUUGGUGAUCCUACGCUAUUCACCAAGAUGCAGACUUGCCAGGAGCUAAUCAAGAGAGACAUCUGUGCUACUGCGUCUCUAUACAUGUAGUAGGGUUUGCUUGGUAGAGGCAAGGGACGAGCCAGGAACACGUAGCCCCCUGCAAAUGAUGCCGUUCCUGACGUAGAUUUACCUUUUUGUGAUAUCUGUGAUUGUCAGCAGUAUUGAAGUGAGACACGUGGAACCUGCGCCGCUCUCCACUGCCAUGAAUUUCGUACCUAGCAGCAGAUCGAUCUCGUCUCUAUCCUUUCAUCGGAUG